AUGGGAGCGUUAUACAUAUGUCGCAGGGGUGGGCUGCCUGCCCACUUGAGGGAAUUCGCCACAGUAGGGGGGGUGGAGUCUCCCGUACUAGGCGCCCUGACGAAGGUGCUCGUGGACCCCACAACCCCAGCACAGCGACCCAACAGCGACAAAAUUUUCUCCGCCUACACCAAAAGUUACAUCCACAAGGAGAGCGAACAAGCUCUCAUUCUAUGUCUGAAGAAACUAAACGAGAUGGAACGAAAUAAGAAGGUUGUGAAGUUGUCCCAGUACAUUUAUGAAUUACAAAAUUUGUCCAAGUCCAAGGUGAUGUACAAUGUGUUGAAACAAAUAAAGUUAGUUCAUAAUUUAUUUGAGAUCAUCAACACACAAAUAGGGACUGAAUCUUUAUCCCCCACUCUCCUCCUUUCACUAGCCAUGAGCUACAAAAACUUACGCCUUAAUAAGUACACAUAUUUUAAGAACGUCCUACGUGCUGUGUGUAACCAUAUAAAGGUUUACAAGACGAAUAAACUGACCAGGCUAGUUUCUUCAGAUGCACGCAGUAUAGAAGCGAGUGACGAUUACAAGCACACGGUGGAGUUGAUACAAAGGGCAAGCAAGCCACGGAGGAAUGAAAGAAGAAUCAAUAUGCUAAAUGUAUAUACGAAUCUUCUAAACAACAGUACUCUCAGUUAUAUUCUUUAUGCAUACUCUACCAUGUUUUGCUCUCCAAACGAGUACGUCCUGUACAUGAGCAAAUACAUCCUGCUCAAUUCAUCCGUGCUGAACCACCUCGACAUGCUAUGCAUUUUACAUUUUUUGCGGAAGAUCAGUGUGAAGGUUCAGAAGAGGGACAUCGUGGUGUAUGCGAAUGGGAAGACAGCGAUGCAGCGUGGAGAGGGGACCAAGUUGGGUAAGCUGGACCAAUAUAUAAAAGAAGAAACAGGGUUAAGCAGAAGGGAUGGCAACACCCAUGCAGAGAAGAGGGAGGGUGUUCAUGGGGCCAAUGCAACCGCGGCUGAAGCAGAAACGCAGUUCAUUGUGAAUCACAGCAGUGAGCUGAAGCGUCGACGCGGAAACAACCCCUAUGACGAGCAUAGGAACACCUACUUGAAGCUGCUCAGGUGUAUAAUUCACGUUAUUAAAAAGAGAAAAAGUCAUUUCUGCGAGAAGCCAACCAUCUUAAUAUCCAUUCUGUAUAAUUUUUACAAACUGAACUUGGUUCCCAUUGAAAUAUUUUAUUCUUUUCACAACCGAAUAAAGAAGGAGAUAAAAAAUGUGGAAGUCAAAUCUGUCGCUCUUUAUUUGCACAUUUUAAGUGACAUUCAAUUCGACCUUCGCUACUACAAAUGCUUGUAUAAACAUUUGGCUUCCGUGUUCGAGAAUCGGGAGAAGCACUUCGAUCUGCUCUCCGUGUGUUUGUCUUUUUACUCACUUGGGAGGAACAGGCACUACGAGGAGUCUUUCGUGCGCGCCUGCCUGGAGCUCUUCCGUAGGCACGCCGACAACCUGAACGAUGUAAAUAUAACAAACGUGAUUCACACCAUGGGAAAAAUAAAAGUACUAGACGAGGACCUGCUGCACAAAUUAUGCCAAGUGGUAACAAGAAGGAUAGAAAAUAUUUCCCCGAUAAAUCUGAGCCUCAUUGUGCUUAGCCUGUCCAAGCUGAAUUAUCACAACAAGGACUUCUACCAUAUGUGUGUACAAAAGGGGACGGAGUUGUUACCAGCCUUCGCAGAAAAACAACUCGUUAUAUUUACGUACGGGUUGGUGUUAACGCAGACGUUCAAUUAUCCCUUCAUGGAAUUGUUCUUCAGGCAGUAUAUAAGAAUUAAUAAUUCGUGUAACAAUAAUAAAAGGAGGCAGAUGCUGGGUACCAUUUGUUAUUGCUUAUAUUUCGAGGCACCUUCCUUUUUGAACAAAUUCCCCCUUUCCAUUAACACCUUUGUGAGAAACAACCUCCAUUUUGUGCAGGACAAACAGGGUAGCAAAAUACACGAGGAGUUAGCCUCCAUUUUGAGGCACCUUCGUAUACACCGCUUCGAAAUUUUGAAGAAAAAAAAACCCUACGUGUUUGAUGUUUCAAUUGGGGGAGGGACAGGAGAAAGGGAAUUGUGUAUUGACUUUUUACUUCCGAAAAAAAUGUUGCGCAAUGCGUGUACCCUAAAUGGAUUCCACCAAAUGAAGAAGAGGCACAUGAAUUUGCUUAACGUGGACCUCUUCCACCUGGACGUGGCCUCCUACAUGGCUCUGCACUCCAUGCAGGAUAAGGUCAAUUUUGUUCGCCUCUUCCUGAAGGAGGUAGGCUUGUACAAUUUGAACCACCUGGGCGAAGCGGAGACAGGCCAGAGGGAAGAAAUAAUUCACUUGGUUCGCUUCAACGAGGGGGAAGCAGAGAUGGGAAGCGUUUACGCGGUACAGCAGGGCGGCCCAUCCGCUACACAGCAGGACGACCAUCCAAUCAAGAACCGCGACUAUCACAUCUUCCCCUCAUGCGCGAAAAUUCAAAAUGCAAAAAAAGGAUUUUACAAAAGUCACCCAGCGAGAGUGAACUACGAAGAGCCAUUUAAAAAAAGGAAACAAAUUUUCCUCGACAUUGUUGAAGACAAGUUGUUCAGUUGUGGUGAGUUGGAUUCUUCAAACACGUGGACAGACCACAUGGCAACACACCAGGGGGAUACACAUGACGGCUCCACCAAGGUGGAACACUCGUCUUCAAAAAAGGAGACCUUCAUUUUUGGAAGGAAGUGUCAUGGGUUAAACAAAUACGAGUACGUUGAUGAGCGCAGUGGGAAGAUUGUUGUCACGAGGGGGUACGGUGUUGGGGGGUAG